AUGGUUCGCGUCGUAUGACAUGCGUUUGGAAAAAUGGCGGAUGCUGCUGCUCGUUCGCUACAAUACGAGUACAAAGCGAAUUCCAAUCUCGUUUUACAAGCAGACACACGUUUGAUUGAAAGAAGACCCCGAGAUGAGGCUACCGGUGAAGUCAUCUCGCUCGUCGGUAAAUUGGACGGCUCUCGCAUGGGAGAUCGGUAUCAACGCACGAAACCGGCGAAACAAGAUGAAAAGAAGACCAAGAAACAGAAGAAGUCCGACGAAGUUAAGUACGAUGCGUCGAAAUUGAAGGGCCAGUCGCUCCUCUCGGACGGCGUCGAAGACGUCGUCGGUAUCCUGUACGACCUAAAACGUCCGAAACGAAAGCAGACGUACGAAGUCUUGCUCAGCUUCAUCCAGGAAGCGUUGGGGGACCAACCGCGCGACAUAUUAUGUGGCGCAGCAGACGAAGUCUUGGCUGUUUUGAAAACAGACCGACGAAAGAAACCGAGAGACGUAGAGAAAACGGAAAGCUCUCCUUGGUUCCCGUAGCGGAAAGAGCGUUUUGCGCUGUUGGUCAACCUCUGCAAAAAGAUCACGGACUUUGGAGUCGACGAGAAACAAGCGGUUGUCGACGAAAACAUCGACGAAACGUACGGUGUGAACGUUCAGUUUGAAGAAUCCGACGAAGAUGACGACGACAUUGUUGGUGAAGUCCGUGAAGAUGAUUCAAACGGAAAUGAAGGCGAGGACGCACACCUCGACACCAACUUAAGCGACAACCUAAAGGUCGGACAAGAAGCAAGUGGUAAGGGAUCGCAGGGACUUCACCCUCGGGAGAUCGAACGCUUAUUGGCUGCAGCGUAGCUCAGCAAGUUUUAUGACGACCCAGUAGUCGCACAGACAAAAAGCGGGCGAAGUACUCAGCAUCCUAAAGACGCCGUUGACGAUCGGGAUGUGGAAAAUCGCUCGUCCUGCUCCCUCGGCUUCAACCAGUUCGACUUCAUCAAGAUACUCCGCAAGCACAGGCAGAUGAUCAUGUACUGCACGUUGCUCGCGUGUCGCAGAGCAACCGCGGAGAAGGCGAAGCUGCGGGAGAAGAUGAUGCUGGACCCAGAGCUGGAACACAUCCUCCAGCAGCUGGAAAAUACGGAAAAGGACGACGCGGUCCAGGAAGAACGCGAGAGGCGCGCCCCCAGGUUGCGCCAGGCCCGCAUCAACGCCGAGUUGGAGCCGAUGGACGCGGAUGAAGACGGAGCCCUGCAGCUGUCCCAGUGCAAGAUGCUCGAUCUCGACGACCUCGCGUUCCAGCACGGAAGCCAUUUUAUGGCGAACAAAGCGAAUAUUUGUCAGCUCCCGGACGGCUCGUUCCGAAAGCAGCGCAAGGGCUACGAGGAGAUCCACGUUCCGGCCCUGAAGCCCAAAGCCGUUUGAAACAAACGAGACGCUGUUUCGGUCGACAAGCUGCCGAAGUAUGCCCAGCCGGCUUUCGAAGGCUUUCGGAGCCUGAACCGGAUUCAGAGUCGGCUCUACAAGGCGGCUCUGGAGAUGGACGAGAACCUCCUGUUGUGCGCCCCGACGGGCGCGGGGAAGACCAACGUGGCCCUGCUGUGCAUGAUGAGGGAGAUCGGCAAGCACAUCAACGCCGACGUCAUCAACGGCGAGGAGUUCAAGAUAAUCUACAUUGCCCCGAUGAGGUCUCUGGUGCAGGAGAUGGUGGGGAACUUUGCAAGCAGGCUCAACUCUUACAACAUCACUGUGUCCGAGCUGACGGGGGAUCACCAGCUCACGCGAGAACAGAUCAACGCGACGCAGGUCAUCGUGUGUACUCCAGAGAAAUGGGACAUCAUCACCGUAAAGGAGGCGAACGUACCCUACACGCAGCUGGUACGACUGAUGAUCUUCGACGAAAUCCACCUCCUCCACGACGAGCGCGGACCCGUCCUCGAAUCGCUCGUGGCCCGAACCAUCCGCAACAUCGAGAUGACGCAGGAAGUCAGGCUCGUCGGCCCUCAGCGCCACGUGCCAAACUACGACGACGUCGCAAACUUCCUUCGCGUCGACACCGCCCGCGGACUCUUUACUUCGACAACAGCUUCCCGGCCCGUUCCGCUGGAGCAGCAGUACAUCGGGAUAACCGAGAAAAAAGCCAUCAAGAGGUUCCAGCUCAUGAACGAGAUCCUCUGCGAGAAGGUGAUGGAGAACGCGGGAAAAAAGAUCCUCAUCUUCGUCCACUCGCGCAAGGACGGUAAGACCGCACGUGCCGUCCGCGACAUGUGUCUGGAGAAGGACACGCUAGGACACUUCCUGCGGGAGGGCUCGGCGUCCACGGAAGUCCUGCGGACCGAGGCGGACCAGGUUAAGAACCUAGAGCUGAGGGACCUGCUCCCGUACGGGUUCGGCAUCCACCACGCCGGCAUGAGCCGCGUUGACAGAACGCUGGUCGAGGACCUUGCCGACCGUCACAUCCAAGUGUUGGUGUCAACCGCGACGCUGGCUUGGGGCAGUGACUUGCCGGCUCACACCGUGAUCAUCAAAGGGACGCAGUCUACAACCCCCGAGAAGGGGCGUUGGGUGGAGCUCGGAGCACUGGACGCUCAGAUGCUCGGACGAGCAGGACGUCCCCAGUACGACACCAAGGGCGAGGGCAUACUCAUCACGAACCACAGUGAGCUCCAGUAUUACCUGUCGUUGCUGAAACAACAGCUGCCGAUCGAAAGUCAGCUCAUCGGCAAGCUGCCCGACGCACUGAACGCGGAAGAUUGUUCCUCGGAAACAUCCAGACAGUGAAAGGAGGCGUGCACCUGGCUGGGUUACACGUACCUCUACAUCCGGACUCGUGCUCCGACGCUAUACGGGAUCUCACACGACGAACUCAAGAGUAACGCUCCUGAACAGAGGCGGGCAGAUUUGAUCUACACUGCAGCAGCUCAGCUUGACAAGAGCAACCUCCUGCGCUUCGACAAGAAGUCUGGCAAACUUCCAGACUACGGAGAGUUGGGCCGAAUCGCGAGUUCUUAUUACUGCACCAAUGACAUGGCCACCUAUAACCAGCUGCUGAAGCCGAUCAGCGAGAUCGAGCUCUUCAGGGUCUUUUCGCUUCGGAGAGAGUUCAAGAACAUCAUCCGCGAGGAAGAGAAACUGGAGCUCCAGAAGUUGAUGGAACGAGUGCCGAUUCCAAUCAAGGAGAGUAUGGAAGAACCAACGGCAAAUGAACGUCUCCUGCAGGCGUACAUAUCGCAGCUCAAGCUGGAGGGUCUCGCGUUGAUGGCGGACAUGGUGUUUGUGACGCAGAGCGCCGCUCGACUCAUGAGGGCAAUCUUUGAGAUCGUUCUGCACCGUGGAUGGGCCCAGCUCGCCGAUAAAGCGUUGAGCCUCUGCAAGAUGAUAGACAAGCGCAUGUGGCAGUCCAUGACCCCACUUCGCCAGUUCCGGAAGGUUCCGGAUGAGGUCAUCAAGAAGGUCGAGAAGAAGAACUUCCCCUGGGACAGACUCUACGAUUUGGGGGUCAGCGAGAUUGGUGAGCUGCUCCGCAUGCCAAAGCUGGGCAAGCUGGUCCACCGCUAUGUCCACCAGUUCCCGAAGCUGGAGCUGUCUGCACACAUACAGCCAAUCACGAGGUCUGUGCUCCGCGUCGAGCUCACCAUCACACCAGAUUUCCAGUGGGACGAGAAAGUGCACGGUACAUCCGAGGCAUUCUGGAUCCUCGUUGAGGAUGUCGACAGUGAAGUGAUUCUUCACCACGAGUACUUCCUGCUCAAGAGCAAGUUCGCUCAAGACGAGCACCUCGUCAAGUUUUUCGUACCCGUCUUCGAACCGCUCCCUCCGCAGUACUUCAUCCGAAUCGUGUCGGACCGAUGGAUCGGGUCAGAAACUCAGCUUCCAGUGUCGUUCCGUCACUUAAUCCUGCCAGAAAAAUACCCACCUCCGACGGAACUGCUGGACCUGCAGCCCCUGCCGGUGUCUGCGCUUCGCAAUCCAUCGUUUGAAGCACUCUACAAGGACAAGUUCCCCUUUUUCAACCCGAUCCAAACGCAAGUAUUCAACGCGGUCUACAGUAGCGAUGACAACGUCUUCAUUGGAGCCCCCACCGGAAGUGGGAAGACCAUAUGCGCGGAGUUCGCCAUGCUGCGACUCUUUUCGCAGAUCCCGGAGGGCCGUUGCGUCUACGUGACGCCCAAGGAGGCCCUCGCGGAAAUCGUCUACACCGACUGGACGCAGAAGUUCUCCCUGGCCCUCAACAAGAAGGUGGUCAUCCUGACCGGCGAGACCGGCACGGAUCUGAAGCUACUGGCGAAGGGCAACAUCAUCAUCAGCACGCCGGAGAAGUGGGACGUCCUGUCGCGGCGUUGGAAACAGCGGAAGAACGUGCAGAACAUCAACCUGUUCAUCGUGGACGAGUUGCAUCUUGCCGGCGGUGAUGACGGACCGGUGCUCGAAGUCAUCUGCUCCCGAAUGCGGUACAUUUCGUCGCAGAUCGAGCGCCAGAUACGCAUCAUCGCGCUGAGCUCUUCGCUGGCCAACGCGCGCGACGUGGCGCAGUGGCUCGGCGCAAACGCCAACGCCACCUUCAACUUCCACCCGAACGUUCGGCCGGUGCUGCUCGAACUGCACACAGGAUUCAACAUUACCCACAAUGCAUCGCGUCUGCUGGCCAUGAGCAAGCCAGUUUAUCAGGGCAUCAUCCGAUACUCUCCCAACAAGCCCGUCAUCGUGUUUGUUCCGUCGCGCAAGCAGACCCGGCUCACGGCCAUCGAGAUCCUCACCUACUCCGCGUCAGAGGGCGAAGCCGGAAAGUUCCUCCACUGCACCGAGGACGACUUGAAGCCGUUCUUGGACAAGAUCACCGACAAGACGUUGAAGGAGACGUUGACCAGUGGCGUGGCGUACCUCCACGAGGGCCUGAGCACGGCCGACCAAAGACUCGUCGAGCAACUCUUCGACAGCGGGGCGAUACAGAUCGUCGUCGUGUCGCGGAGUCUCGGCUGGGCGCUCUCUCUCUCCGCCCACCUUGUCAUCAUCAUGGACACACAGUUUUAUAAUGGCAAAAUACACGCCUACGAAGACUAUCCAGUGACCGACGUCCUCCAGAUGGUCGGGCGCGCGAACCGUCCGCUCCUCGACGAAGAUGGCAAAUGCCUUCUGCUCUGCCAGGCGUCGAAGAAGGACUUCUUCAAGAAGUUCCUGUACGAACCGCUUCCAGUGGAGAGUCACCUGGACCACUGUCUCCACGACCACUUCAAUGCCGAGAUAGUCACCAAGACUAUUGAGAACAAGCAAGAUGCGGUGGACUACCUCACUUGGACUUUCCUGUACCGUCGGAUGACGCAGGAAUCGAACUACUACAACCUCCAAGGCGUGACGCAUCGACACCUCUGACACCUGUCGGACCUCGUCGAGAACACUCUGAACGACCUUGAGCAGUCCAAAUGCAUCAGCAUUGAAGACGAAAUGGACGUCGCGCUCAACCUCGGAAUGAUCGCUGCAUACUACUACAUCAAUACACCGACCAUCGAGCUCUUCAGCAUGUCGCUCAACGCAAGACAAAGAUCAGGGGCCUGCUGGAGAUCAAUCAGCUCUGCGGCUGAGUACGAGAACAUUCCCAUCCGCCACACGAAGACAAACAUCCUCCGCCAGCUCUACAACAAGCUUCCGCAACUGACCAACCCGAAAUUCAGCGACCCCCACGUCAAGACAAACCUUCUCCUGCAGGCCCACCUGUCAAGAAUGCAACUCUCGGCCGAGCUCCAGUCCGACACGGAAGACAUCCUCGGAAAAGCGAUACGUCUCGUACAGGCGUGUGUGGACGUCCUCAGUUCCAACGGGUGGCUCACUCCCGCCCUCGGCAUGGAGUUGGCGCAGAUGUCCACCCAGGCACUCUGGAACAAGGACUCCUACCUGAAGCAGCUCCCACACUUCAACUCAGAGAUUGUAAAGCGGUGCCAGGAACACGGGGUCGAGACAGUCUUCGACAUCAUGGAGAUCGACGACAAGGACCGAGACAAGUUGCUGCAGAUGAACGAGGUCCAGAUGGCGGACGUAGCAAAAUUCUGCAACCGCUACCCCAACAUCGAGCUGAGGUACGACACUCGAAAGGAGCACAUCCGACACGGGUCGACGGUCAACAUAGUCGUCCAGCUGGAGAGGGAAGACGAAGUCGUCGGACCGGUCAUUGCGCCGUUCUUCCCGCAACGGGAAGAGGGAUGGUGGGUCGUCAUUGGAGAGGCGAAGAGCAACUCCCUAAUUUCUAUCAAGAGGUUGAGUCUGCAGCAAAAGGCAAAGGUAAAGCUGGACUUUGUGGCGCCCUCCCCCGGGGAGCACACGUACACCCUGUACUUCAUGAGCGACUCGUACAUGGGUUGCGACCAGGAAUACAAGUUCCAAAUUCGGGUGGGCCAGAUGGACUCGCGGAAGCGUGCAGCAAGCGACAGUGAUUGAGCGGCUCUCAGUCAUGUGUUUCUGUUUUUGGUUUUGUAAAUAUGCUGUCGUUAUUCAUCAUUGUAAUAAAAAGCUUUGUUCCUGUA